AUGCGAUUAUCUGGUACUAGAGAAGCAUUAAAAUCAAUGGAGAAGGAAAUAAAAGAAAAAAAUAUAAUAAUUUAAAAUCUUUAAAUUGAAUUAGCAAAAAAGUAAAAGCAAAUUGAAUUAUUAUCAAAAUAAUAGAAUUGUACAUCUACUCCAAUAAAAAGUGAAUUUAAUAAUGAGAGUUUUUAAGAAAUAAAAAAAUAAUCUAAAGAAUGGGAAAAGAAAUACUAAGAAUGUGAGACUUGUUUAAAAGAAAAUAAAAAAUAUACUUAAAGACUUUAAGAAUUAAAUUAACAACUAUUAUAUAAAUUAAAAUAAUAUGAAUAAGAAAAAGAAUUGUAAACAUCAGAAUUAGAUUAACAAAAGAAUAUCAAUAGUUAAAUUUAUUAGACAAAUACAAAUAUACUGAACAAGUAUGAAUACAAUUUAGUAAUUUAGAUAUGAGCAAAUAAUAAAAUCUUAAUAAGAAUAAUUAUAAUAGUAGGAUGAAAAAUUUAGACAAUUAGAAAGAAAAUAUGAGGAAUUAAAAAUUAGUAGUGAAUAAUUUUUAUUAAAUUCUCGAGAUCUUAAAUCUUAAUAUGAACACAUGCUAAACACUUUAUAGUCAAUUGCAAAUAGUUAUUGA